AUGGACGAUGAUGUACGACAGGAAAUCCUCCAGCGAACUCUGCAAGAGGUGGAGGAGGCUGAUAUCGCUAAUCCCUGUGUCAUUUGUCUAGACAAAAUCACCGAGCCCUGCGUGGCACAGCCAUGUCAUCAUGAAAACUUCGACUUCCUGUGCCUCGUCAGUUGGCUGGAGGAACAGCCUACCUGUCCACUAUGUAAAAGCGAGCUGACAGCCGUGAAAUACGAAGUCCAAGCCCCGCAAGGCCCGAAGCUGUACAAGGUCCCGCCGCGGACCGCGAAGCCUCCUACCUCAACGGCACCUCGAUCGCGUCCAGGAGCUCGUCAUGGCCCGCGAGGAGGGCGCAACUUUACACAACCGCCGCGUCCACAGCCAGAUGAUCCCCUCCAACGCCGGCGCAAUGUGUAUCGCAACCAAACAUACUCCAUGCGAGUCGGGACCAAUCGCCUAUCGCAAUACCGAGAAAUGACACCGGAUCUCUUCAACCGCGAUGAAGAGCUCGUGAGGCGAGCUCGGAAGUGGAUCCGCCGUGAAUUGAAAGUAUUCAGCUUCUUGAACCCCGAGGCGGAAGAGGAAGAGCGGACGCCUCAGCAAGUGUCACGGCCGGGACACCAACGGCUGGAGAAUCGCAGAGCGAACAAUGCCGAGUUUCUUCUUGAGUAUGUCAUCGCCAUUUUGCGAACGGUCGAUCUCAAAGGUAGUACUGGACAAGCGGAGGAGCUGUUGCGCGAUUUCAUCGGACGUGAGAAUGCUCGUUUGUUCAUCCAUGAAUUGCAGGCGUGGCUGAGAAGUCCCUAUACAUCCUUGGAGGAUUGGGACCGCCAUGUGCAGUAUCCGAAUACUGCGCGAGGGCUCAAUCGUUUCGACGACGGCCAUACAGGUCACGGUCUCAAGAGGCGCUUGAUCGGUCUAGGCGGCUGCAACAUGCUCAGCAACGAUAUCAUCCGUAUUGACUGGGCAGUCUAUCUGACUACAAAGCGGAGCUUGGGUGUGGUAACGGCUGCCUCGGAAUCGCCUCAGCAUGUCUUCCAUCAUCUCAUUUUUGAUAGAAUGGCCAUCUGGGCGUAG